AUGAUUGUUGUUCUCCUGCUCGUCCUCCACUUUAUUGCACCAUCCGCGGCGGAUAUCGUAUCUUUGAAUAUCAGAUCCAGUGGCCAACAUAAGAUCCGCUUGUCGGAGUUCGUAUUUUCAGAUACCGGUCACGUCUCCUUCGAAAUAUCGUCAGUAUCUGUCACAUCCUCUACAUCGCAAACCGAUACUUCACGAAUCGGUUUCUUCCUUCUCUCGCAUGGAUUGCUAAACGAAUACUUUCUCGAAUUCAAACGAAACCCUAGUUUGUGCGUUCUGAAUAACAAAUUCAUCUCACUCCUCUUCACUUUCCAGAAUCUCCGGUCUUCUUUCAACACAUCGUACCCAGUGUCAUCUCCAGGUGUGUAUUCACUCUACUUCGCCAACUGCAACCGCCAAUCCCUUGUGUCGUUUGACGGCCGCACCGAGCUCUACAACUUGGAUGACGGCACCACCAAAGACUAUUUAUCAGCUGGACUAACACACCUCCCGUCUGUUUACUUCAUCUUCUCGGUUCUUUAUCUCAGUUUUCUAGGGUUUUGGAUCUCUGUAUGCGUCAAGAACCAGCGUCGUUUUCACAUGAUUCAUUUACUAAUGGGUGUUUUGCUUGUUAUUACUAUCGGACACUUUAUAUGUGCUGAGGUUGAUCUACAUUACCAGAAGGUUACCGGCACUCGUCAAGGAAUGGAUGUCUUGGUUUACAUAUUUCAGGUUGUCAGGUGUGUACUUUUGUACACCCUGAUCGCGUUAAUUGGUAUGGGAUGGUGUUUGUGGAACCCUUUUUUGCAUGCAAAGGAAAAGCUGUUUUUGUUGAUUGUUAUCUUACUUCAAGUUUUGGCUAAUGUAUGUUCUAUCAAGGGAGGGGUAACCGGCCUUUAUAACGAAGACCAGUUGAAUAAUUGGCAGUUGGAUUUUAUUUCUAUAGAUUGCGUGUUUUGCCUUGCUAUUUUCGUCCCCUUUGUGGGGUCACUUAUCUUGUUGAAAAAGACUUGUGAGACUGACAGGAAUGCUGCUAGAAAUAUGGCGAACUUGGGAUCAUUUGUGUUGCUGGUUUUUGCAUAUGUGCUAUUUACGAGGAUUAUUGUUAGUGCAUUCGCUACCUUUGUAGUUUACAAGAACCCAUGGAUGAUUAAUGCGGCAGAAGAAACCGUCAGUCUCGUGUUUUGUAUGGUGAUGUUUUACUUGUUCCGGCCAUAUGUUGAGGACGAAGAGGCGGAUGAAGAUGAAAAGGCAACUGGGAUGGUAGAUGAGGAGUUUGGCCUUAUGACUCCUUUGUUGAUUUUUCGUUCAUGGUAG